AUGACCGAAGUUGUUGGCUCUCACACCGCAUCUAUCCAAAAGUUAGAGAUGCAGAUGAGAGACCUUUCAAGAGAGCAAAACACAAAGCAAAAAGGGCAACUUCCUAGUGAUACCAUUUCGAACCCGAAGAGUGGUGGAAGUGGCUCAACUUCUCACGUCAUGGCAAUAACUACUAGAAGUGGUAAGGUUUUACAAGGUGACAUUGAGCAAGAGGUUGUUGGGGAAGAAUCCGAACAAGAAGUUGAAUCAGAAGAGCAAGGGGUUGUUGAAGUUGAAAGGGUGCCGGAAAAAGAGAAGGUGCAAGAAGUGAACCAAGAAGGGGUGAAGGAAAAGGAUAAGGAGACAUCAAAAGCUCCACCUCCUAUUCCUAGACCUCCUCCGCCUUUUCCUCAAAGAUUUAUUAAAAGGGUUGAUGAUAGCAAGCUUGAGAAAUUCAAUGAUAUUCUAAAGCAAUUGUCGAUGAACAUUCCAUUCUUGGAGGCUUUUCAAGAAAUGCCAGGGUUUACCAAAUAUUUGAAGGAUUUGAUCACCAAAAAGAGGACCACAAAGAAUGAGGUGGUAAACAUGACUCACAGGAUUAGCUCUAUUAUUGCCACAAGCCCUGUCCAAAAGAAAGAGGACCCGAGAGCAUUUAUUAUUCCAUGCACUAUCGGGGAGCGUGACUUUGCAAAAGACCUUUGUGACAAUAGGGCUAGCAUCAACUUGAUGCCACUUUCCAUCUACAAGCAAGUGGGAUUAGGAUGCUGA